GCUGGUCACUCCCCAAAGACCACUGCAGAAGUCAGUAGAAAUUAAUGGCAAUCGAUUCGGGCUCUGGUUGGUGAUUCGAAUCAAUUGGCUAUUGGCCUUCUCCUUUUCCUGUUUUCUCUUUCUUCCCUCCCAAAUGGCUAUGGCGGUGCCGGUGGCGUUCUACCUGGUGGUUCUCCUGUUCGGUAGUCUGCCGGCGGUCAGAUUUACCGCCGGUCAACAGGAUCCGCCAAAGCGGCUGCGAUUCGGCAAAAAUGGAGCGUUUAAGAUACUGCAAGUAGCGGAUAUGCAUUAUGCGAAUGGGAAAGCUACGCCAUGUGAGAACGUUCUUCCGAGUCAGUUGGCUUCUUGCUCCGACCUCAACACCACGACCUUCCUUCGCCGGCUGAUUCUUGCUGAGAAACCUGAUUUCAUCGUUUUUACUGGGGACAAUAUCUUCGGAUUUGAUGCAACGGAUGCAGAAAAAUCUUUGAAUGCGGCAUUUGCUCCAGCAAUUGCCUCAAAUAUUCCAUGGGCCGCCGUUCUUGGGAACCAUGACCAAGAAUCUACGCUUUCAAGGGAAGGGGUAAUGAAGCAUAUAGUUGGCUUGAAAAAUACUCUCUCUAAGGUCAAUCCGUCGGAAGUAAAAUUCAUUGACGGAUUUGGGAAUUACAACCUCGAUGUUGGUGGAGUUGAGGGCUCUGGUUUUGAGAACAAAUCUGUUAUGAAUCUGUACUUUCUUGAUAGUGGUGAUUACUCCACAGUUCCUUCUAUACCUGGCUACGGAUGGAUCAAACCUUCUCAGCAACUUUGGUUCCAGCUUACUUCUGCCAAUCUUAGGAAGGCAUACAUGAACAAACCAUUUGCCCAAACAGCUGCAGCACCUGGGCUGGCAUAUUUUCACAUACCACUGCCUGAGUAUGCCAGUUUUGAUUCAACAAAUUUCACUGGUGUGAAAAUGGAAGCAGGGAUCAGCUCUCCUUUAGUGAACUCAGGGUUCUUCACCACCAUGGUGGAAGCAGGGGACGUGAAAGCAGUGUUCACAGGCCACGAUCACCUCAAUGACUUCUGUGGGGAGCUCACUGGGAUUAACCUGUGCUAUGCCGGAGGGUUCGGGUACCACGCCUAUGGCAAGGCCGGGUGGUCCAGGAGAGCCAGAGUGGUGGUGGCUAACUUGGAAAGAACAGCAAAUGAAAACUGGGAAACUGUCAAAUCCAUCAAAACGUGGAAGCGCCUCGACGAUCAACGUCUCACUGCCAUUGAUGGUCAGGUCCUGUGGAGCAAGAGCUCUGCUGCUGCUGGUGUCGGAAAAUGAGUUACAUCUGCUCACGAGAAGCAAAAACUCAUCUAAUAUAUCAGCUAUCAACCUUGCAGAAACAUUUUUUUUCUUUUUUCUUCUUCUAUGGUCACUGUAAUGUGAUUGUCAAUUUUAUAACCAUCAGAUACAAAGUAGGUUUUUUAAAAAAAUUAUGUAAGACUGAUAAUUUUAUUGUAUUAAUUA